AUGCGCCACCCAGAGGCGUGGGCGGAGCGCAUGCGCGUUGGGGGCCCCGGAGGGGCGAAGGCCGCGGAGGAAGGCGACGGCGGCUGCGCCGCCGGCGCGACGCGCAUGCGCAGGAGGAGCCCAUGGCGGCGGAGAAGGAGACGUUCCUGGUCCCGGCCCCGCCGCCGCCCCUCAAGCCCCCGCCCGCGGCGGGGGGAGGGGGCGGCCCCCUGGUGCAGCUGCACGAGGAGGCCGCCUCGGCGGAGCUGCACGCGGAGGCCGCCCCGGCCAAUCAGCGCCGGGCAGGGGCGGGGCGCCGCCGCGCGGGGAGGCGGCCCCUGGUGCAGCUGCACGAGGGGCCGCCCGCUGGGGCAGCGCCGGGGCGGGGGCGGCGGCCCGCCCCAGGGGGCCGCCCCCAAGGAGGAGGACGAGGGCGUGGGCGAGCUGCUGCUGCCGCGGCCCCGCAACGGCUUCCAGCCCCCCCGGCCGGGCGGCAAGCGGCGCAACAGCUGCACCGUGGGCGCCAAGCACCCGGCCGCCAAGCGCCGGCGCCGGGUCACCUCGGAGUGCGACCCGGUGCUGCCCUCCGAGUUCCUGCUGGGCGGCAACAUCUUCGACCCCCUCAACCUCAACAGCCUCCUGGACGAGGAGGUGAACCAGGCCCUCAACGCCGAGACCCCCAAGUCCUCGCCGCUGCCGGCCAGGGGCCGCGACCCGGUGGAGAUCCUCAUCCCCAAGGACAUCACCGACCCGCUCAGCCUCAACGCCCGGGACGGCGACGACGCGGCCCUGGUGCUGGCCUCGCCCUUCAAGGCGGGCCGCAAGCGCCACCGCCACCGGGGCGGCCAGCAGCGGGGGGGCGGCGGCGGGGCCGGGGACUGCAAGCCGGCCGCCUGCAAGGCCUGCGACGCCGCCUGCCCCACCCCGCAGCCCUACGAACUCAACACGGCCAUCAACUGCCGGGACGAGGUGGUCUCCCCGCUGCUCCCCCUGGCCGCCGAGGGGUCGGGCUGCGUCACCCCCUCUGGCGCCACCGGCGGCCGCCACCACCACCGCAAACGGCGCCGGACUAGCAGCAAAUCGGAGGCGGCCGGCGGGCCCAAGCUGCCGCCGCCUCCCCCCACCCCGGGCGGGGGCAAGGGCGGGGGCCAGCCGGGCAAGGGCAGCCCGGAAAAGGGCAAAGGGGCCGGCCGGCACCAACAGGCGCCCGCGGCCAAGCGGCGGCGGCAACAGCGGAAGUUCCAGUACGGCAACUACUGCAAAUACUACGGCUACCGGAACCCCAACUGCGAGGACGCCCGGCUGCGGGUCAUGAAGCCCGAGUGGUUCCAGGGCAAAGAGGUGCUGGACCUGGGCUGCAACGUGGGGCACCUCACCCUGAGCGUGGCCAAGAAGUGGAAACCCGCCCGGGUGGUGGGGCUGGACAUCGACGGGGGCCUGAUCCACUCGGCCCGCCAGAACAUCCGCCACUACCUGUCCGAGGAGAUCCGGCAGCGGCAGGACGCCGCCGAGGCGGGAGCCGGCCCCACGAGGCGGAGGGGCGGCUUCCCUGCCUCGCUGGCGGCCAGCAGGGGGCCCAUCGCUGCCCCCCGGGUGCCCCAGGACGGGGCCGGGGCCGCCGACUUCCCCGACAACGUGAUCUUUGUCCGGGUAAGAGGCUUAGGACGUGUGGGGGGGGAGGGCCCCACCUUUGGGGGUGCCGCUGGUGUGGGGAGCAGCCGCCCACCCAGCUGCGCUCAGAGGGAGGUCACACAACAGCCUGGUGGCCCGAGACACGCCCCCUUUCUCGACGUGGUGCUGUGCCUCAGCCUCACCAAGUGGGUGCACCUCAACUGGGGGGACGACGGGCUGAAGCGGCUCUUCAAGCGCAUCUUCCGCCACCUGCGGCCCGGCGGCCUCCUGCUGCUGGAGCCCCAGCCCUGGUCCUCCUACGGCAAGCGCAAGAACCUGACGGAAACCAUCUACAGAAACUACUACCGCAUCCAGCUGAAACCGGAGCAGUUCCCCUCCUACCUGACCUCCCCGGAGGUGGGCUUCUCCAGCUGCGAGCUGGUGGCCAGGCCCUACAACAGCUCCAGAGGCUUCCAGCGCCCCAUUUAUCUCCUCCACAAAGGCCACCCCGCCGCCCACUGAGGGAGAAGCGGCCGACGCUCGGGCCCGGAGCCCCCCCCCGUUUUUUUUCGUUGCAUUGGAGGACAGCUGGGCUGAGCCUGUCGGACUGGGGGCCGGGCCCCGCGGGUGGCAGCCGCCGGACGUGGCGCGGCUCCCCAGGCGCCUGCGGGCGGACGGCCCGGCCUGGCCCAUGAAUCUGCCGCGUGAGGGGGGCUGCCCCCUGCUGGACACUGCUUGGUGCUGCAGCCUGGAGGAGACCGGCGGGGGCCCUGUGCUGCAUACUCAGGCCCCCCCACCCUGGCUCCAGUUGGAGCUCGUACAGCUGACUUGGAGGGGAGGGGGCAGCUGUACGAGCUCCUGCUCCCCUCCCCCCCCCUGCCCAAACAGCUCAUCUCUCUGCAGCAGGGAGGGGCCCUUUGCAUCUAUUGUUAGAAGGGGGAGACCAACCAGGACAGCAGCUGCCUCGGUUUCCCCUCUGCUGUAGAGGGGGGGGGAGCGCUGCCCUGCUUGCCAGGGGGAGGCCACAGUGGGGCCGGUUGGAUCCCUGGGCUGGUUCCCCCCUGGAGCUGGGGGGGGGCGCCCCCCGCGUGUGACGUGGAGUUUUAUCUUUACAGAUGUUGAUUCUAUUAUAUAUAAAUAAAAGCUACGGAUUAUU